AUGUCUUUGAGACCUAUAACAAAGAUAGCCUUCAUCGGCGCAACGGGCCGUCUCGGCGCGCCGGUUGCCGCAGAACUGGCGAAAACCUUCGAGGUCCGGGCGAUUGUCCGCUCCACGGACAAGGCCAAGAGUAUGCUUCCCUCAAAUAUAGAGAUCAUUCAGGGGGAUCUGCAGGACAUCCCGAGCCUACGCGCCGCCCUUGACGGGAUGGACGCCAUUUACGCCAAUCUUGCCACAGAGACAGCGGACCUGACCCUUCCAUUCUACGAAGAGCGGGAAGGUGUGCAAAACUUGAUGACCGCCGCACAGGGGCUGGACAUUCAGUAUAUCGCGAAAAUCGGGGCUCUAGGCGCCUAUCCUCCAGCCCUUAAGAACAUCAAGGAUAACAUGGUGCCGAACAUCAUCAGGAUGGAGGGACAUAAGAUAAUCGCGGAAUCCGGCAUCCCCUACACCUUCUUUGCGCCGACCCAUUUCAUGGAACUGCUUCCAAACAUGAUCGACAAGGGCGCACUUCAAUGGAUCGGAAAUACGGAGGUGAAAGUCUAUUGGAUCAGCGUCGCCGACUAUGCGCGACAGGUGGUCAGGGCCUUUCAGAAUUAUUCGGCAAUGCCCGAGCAUUGUCCAGUUCAGGGACCCGAGGCCCUCUCCGUCCAACAGGCGAUGGAGCAGUUCAUCCAGAAUUACGACCCCACGCUGAAGAUUCGUGUCGCGCCUUUGUGGGUGAUCAGGGUGAUCGGCCUCUUCAAUUCGAAAAUGAAGUUCGUCGCUCAUCUGUUUGCGUAUUUUGGGAACCACGAAGAUCCCUUCUACGCCGAGCAAACCUGGAAAGAACUUGGCAAACCGACGGUAACCCUCGAAAUGUUUGCGAAAAGUCUUCAUCAGAACCGUGCGGCAACAUGA